AAAACCACCCCUCUCAACACCCCCAAGACCCGGAUCAGCCGUACCAAGGGCCAGUCUUCCCGCCGCACGGCUUUCGUUCGUGAGAUCGCCCGCGAGGUUGUCGGUCUUGCCCCCUAUGAGCGUCGUAUCAUCGAACUCCUGAGAAACGCUCAGGACAAGCGCGCUCGUAAGCUCGCCAAGAAGAGGCUCGGAACUUUCGGCCGUGGUAAGGCCAAGGUCGAGGACAUGCAGCGUGUCAUCGCCGAGGCCCGCCGCACUGGCGCUCACUAAACUUUCAAUUUCUACCCAUCCAUCUCCU